AUGUCCCCGCCGCGCAGACUGGCGUCCGCGACUCGCGGGCUGACCCGGGCUGCCUCGCCCCGAGGUCGGGACAGGGACCGCCGGCCCGGGUGUCCGCCCCGCCCACAGAGUCCGCGCAGGGACCCGGCUGAGGUUUCUGUGGCUGAAGAACUGCUCAUGAGGCCAACACAGGACAGUGUGACAUUUGAAGACGUGGCCAUGUACUUCUCUUGGGAGGAAUGGGGUCUCCUCGAUGAGGCUCAGAGAUGGCUAUUCCACAAUGUGAUGCUGGAGAACUUUGCACUUGUGACCUCCCUGGGUUGUUGGCAUGGAGCAGGGGAUGGGGAGGCACCUUCUGAGCAGAGCGCUUUUGUAGGAGCGUCGCAGGUUAGGACUCACCAGGCAAGCCCAGAUCCCCAGAAGGCACACCCCUGUGAGAUAUGCGGUCUGGUCCUGAAAGACAUUUUGGGUGUGGCUCUGCAUCAGAGAACACAUCCCCAGCUGAGACCUGACACAUGUGGGAGACGGACCAGUUUCAUUGCAAACCUUCACCAGCACGGGAAGCAGCACAGUGUAGAGAAACCCCUGAAAAGGGCUUCACUUGUGAAGAGCUGCAGGUUCCAUGUGCCAGGGGAGUCCUUCACCUGUGGGGAGGUUGACAAGGACUUCCUCACUGGUUCAGGCGAGCACCAGCACCAGGCCAGUCGUGAUGGACAGAAAGCUCACAGUAGCACCAUGUGUGGGGAAGCUGUUCACAGUGGGAAAAGCCAUCACAAUUGGUGUGAAGGCAAGAAAGCCUUCAGCCACAAAUACUCUCUUGCUCAACACCAGAGUGUCCAUGCCCAAGAAAAGCCUUACAAAUGCAGUGAAUGUGGGAAGUCCUUCACCCGAAGGUUUAACCUCUUGCAGCAUCAGAAAGUCCACACUGGAGAAAUGCCCUAUAAAUGUAAUGAAUGUGGAAAAUUCUUCACCAAUAUCUUCGGUUUCAUUCAGCACCAAAGAACUCACACUGGGGAAAAGCCUUACAAGUGCAGCAGAUGUGGAAAAUUCUUUGGCCAAAAGUCUACCCUUACUGUACAUGAGAGAAUUCACACUGGAGAAAAGCCUUAUGGGUGCAGUGAAUGUGGGAAAUUCUUUAGACAUAGCUCCAGCCUCAUUAAACAUCAGAGAGUUCACACUGGAAUGAGGCCUUAUAAGUGUGGUGAAUGUGGAAAAUGUUUUGCUGACAACUCCUGCCUCAUUAAACACCGUAGAAUUCACACUGGAGAAAGGCCUUAUGAGUGCAAGGAGUGUGGGAAACUUUUUAGCCAAAGUUUUGGACUCACUCAACACCAGAGAGUUCACACUAGAGAAAGACGUUAUGAGUGCAGGAUAUGUGGGAAAUCCUUAACCCGCAAGUCCUACCUCAUUCAACACAACAGAGUUCACGCUAGAGACAGGGCUCCCGAGUGCAGGGAUCAUGGGGAAUUCUUCAGUGACACCCGGUUUGCUCAACACCAAAAAAUUCACAUCCGAGAACGGCCUCAUGAGUGCGACAAAUGCGCAGAAGAUUUCAGCCGAAGGCCUAACCUCAUUCACCACCACACAGGAAGUCUAUACAUGCAGCAAAUGUGGGAAAGUCUUCAGUCAGCGGCCUGCUCUGAUUGA